CGAGAGUUCCGCAUCCCCGCGACGGCUCUGGAGGUGACCGGCUGCGAGCGAGCGAGCAGAGCCCCGCGGUUGGCGCGAGCGACCAUGGAGCUGCCUUCCCCUGCCCGAGUGGAGGUGAAGGCCGGCGGAGUUGAGGAGAAGCCCGGCGGCGGCGGCGGCGACGACUCCUCCGCCCCGUGCCCGGCGACGGCCGACGGGCUAGCACGGGUCUGCGACCUGCUCCUCCAGAGCGACCUGCCUCAGCAGCAGCCGCCGCCGCCGCUGUCGUCGUCGUCGCCGCCUCCUCCUCAGCCGCCGCCGAAGCAGAGCUGGACUCGGCGGCGCCAGCAGCAGCAGCGGCGGCAGCCGGGUGCGGAAACCGGCGGCGGCAACAACAGCAGCAGCAGCAGCGAAAGCAGUGGCGGUGGCAGCGAAGAGGAAGAGGAGGACGACGAGGAUGAAGAGGAGGAGGACGACGACGACGACGAGGAGGAGGACGAGGAGGAAGACGACGACGACGACGAGGAAGAGGAGGAAGAGGAGGAGGAAGUGUCCGAGGUGGAGUCGUUCAUUUUGGAUCAAGAUGACCUGGAAAAUCCUAUGCUGGAGACGGCUUCAAAAUUGCUCUUGUCAAGUACUGCUGAUGGUGCUGAUCUCAGAACAGUAGACCCAGAAACCCAAGCUAGGUUGGAAGCUUUACUGGAAGCUGCAGGAAUAGGUAAAUUAUCCACAGCUGAUGGAAAAGCCUUUGCAGAUCCUGAGGUGCUUCGCAGACUGACUUCUUCAGUCAGCUGUGCAUUGGAUGAAGCCGCUGCUGCACUUACCCGAAUGAGAGCAGAAAGCACAGCAAAUGCAGGGCAGAUGGACAACCGCAGUUUGGCAGAAGCUUGUUCAGAAGGAGAUGUAAAUGCGGUGCGAAAGUUGCUCAUCGAAGGGCGAAGUGUGAAUGAACACACUGAGGAAGGGGAAAGUCUUCUUUGUUUAGCCUGUUCAGCUGGAUACUAUGAACUUGCUCAGGUCUUGCUGGCAAUGCAUGCAAAUGUCGAAGACAGAGGGAUCAAAGGAGAUAUAACACCUUUAAUGGCUGCUGCUAAUGGGGGACAUGUUAAAAUCGUCAAGCUGCUGCUAGCUCAUGGUGCUGAUGUCAAUGCACAGUCUUCAACAGGCAACACUGCACUCACCUAUGCUUGUGCUGGAGGUUAUGUAGAUGUUGUGAAGGCCCUCUUGGAGUCGGGUGCUAGUAUUGAGGACCAUAAUGAAAAUGGCCACACUCCUCUUAUGGAGGCAGGGAGUGCUGGACAUGUGGAAGUUGCCAGAGUGCUCUUAGAAAAUGGAGCCGGAAUCAAUACGCAUUCCAAUGAAUUUAAGGAGAGUGCACUUACACUGGCUUGCUAUAAAGGCCAUUUAGAAAUGGUGAGGUUUUUGCUGGAAGCAGGUGCAGACCAAGAGCAUAAAACAGAUGAGAUGCAUACGGCAUUAAUGGAGGCAUGCAUGGAUGGCCAUGUGGAAGUUGCUAGGUUACUCCUUGAUAGUGGUGCUCAGGUGAACAUGCCUGCUGAUUCCUUUGAAUCUCCAUUAACUCUGGCAGCCUGUGGUGGGCAUGUAGAGCUGGCUGCGUUAUUAAUUGAGCGAGGGGCUAACUUGGAGGAGGUAAAUGAUGAAGGUUAUACACCACUGAUGGAAGCAGCCCGAGAGGGUCAUGAGGAGAUGGUGGCUCUACUUCUAGGCCAAGGAGCCAACAUCAAUGCUCAGACAGAAGAGACGCAAGAAACUGCCUUAACUCUAGCAUGUUGUGGGGGCUUUCUGGAAGUGGCUGACUUUCUUAUUAAAGCAGGAGCCGAUAUAGAACUUGGCUGUUCUACACCUUUAAUGGAAGCUGCUCAGGAGGGUCACUUAGAGCUUGUUAAAUAUUUAUUAGCUGCAGGAGCGAAUGUGCAUGCAACAACAGCAACAGGAGACACAGCACUGACAUACGCCUGUGAGAACGGUCAUACAGAUGUAGCAGAUGUGUUGCUUCAAGCAGAUGCAGAUCUGGAACAUGAAUCUGAAGGAGGAAGAACUCCAUUAAUGAAAGCUGCAAGAGCGGGUCAUGUCUGUACUGUUCAGUUCUUAAUAAGCAAAGGAGCAAAUGUGAAUAGGACCACAGCUAACAAUGAGCAUACGGUAUUGUCACUUGCUUGUGCUGGAGGCCACCUGGCAGUUGUGGAAUUGUUGUUGGCUCAUGGAGCUGAUCCUACACAUAGACUGAAAGAUGGUUCAACCAUGCUAAUAGAAGCUGCUAAGGGUGGACAUACAAGUGUAGUUUGUUACCUGUUGGACUACCCUAACAACCUGCUUUCUGCUCCUCCACCUGAGUCCACCCAACUGACUCCCCCAUCUCAUGAUUUAAAUAGGGCUCCUCGUGUACCAGUGCAGGCACUUCCCAUGGUUGUCCCACCCCAAGAGCCUGACAAACCCCCUGCCAAUGUCGCCACAACCCUUCCCAUCAGAAAUAAAGCCACUUCCAAACAAAAGUCCAGCAGCCAUUUGCCACCAGCCAGCCCAGAUGUGCAAGGUUACAUUGCCAACCAGUCUCCAGAAAGCAUUGUGGAGGAGGCUCAGGGCAAGCUGACAGAGUUGGAGCAAAGGAUCAAGGAAGCCAUAGAAAAGAAUGCACAGUUGCAGUCCUUAGAACUGGCACAUGCCGACCAGCUCACCAAGGAGAAGAUUGAGGAGCUGAACAAAACCAGAGAGGAACAAAUUCAGAAGAAGCAAAAGAUCCUAGAGGAACUGCAGAAAGUGGAGCGGGAGUUGCAGCUGAAAACACAGCAGCAACUGAAAAAGCAAUACCUGGAGGUUAAAGCGCAGAGGAUUCAACUGCAGCAGCAGCAGCAGCAGUCUUGUCAGCACCUGGGACUGCUAACUCCUGUUGGGGUAGGAGAGCAGCUUACUGAGGGAGACUAUGCACGAUUGCAACAAGUGGACCCAUACUUACUCAAAGACGAUCCCCAGCAAACUGGUGCUCAGAUGGGCUUUGCUCCAAUUCAGCCGCUUGCAAUGCCACAAGCUUUGCCGCUGUCUGCAGGUUCCUUACCUCCAGGGUCUAUUGCAAAUCUUUCAGAACUGCAAGGUGUUAUAGUUGGACAGCCAGUACUGGGCCAAGCACAACUCACAGGGCUGGGGCAAGGAAUUCUAACAGACGCACAGCAAGGGUUAAUGGUAGCCAGCCCUGCCCAGACCCUCAAUGACACGCUGGAUGACAUCAUGGCAGCAGUGAGCGGAAGAGCAUCUGCAGUGUCAAACACCCCCACCCACAGCAUUGCAACGUCUGUUUCCCAGCCUCAGACACCAGCUCCAAGUCCUAUAAUUUCUCCUUCAACCCUGCUACCUGUCUACCCUGCCAUAGAUAUUGAUGCACAGACUGAAAGUAACCAUGAUACUGCAUUGACUCUCGCUUGUGCUGGUGGACAUGAAGAGCUGGUACAAACACUUCUAGAGAGGGGAGCUAAUAUUGAACACAGGGACAAAAAGGGGUUUACUCCCCUUAUUUUGGCUGCCACAGCUGGUCAUGUCGGUGUUGUUGAGAUCUUAUUAGACAAUGGCGCAGAUAUUGAAGCUCAGUCUGAGAGAACCAAGGACACACCUUUAUCUUUAGCUUGUUCUGGAGGAAGACAGGAGGUGGUGGAGCUUCUGCUAGCUCGAGGUGCAAACAAAGAGCACAGAAAUGUUUCUGAUUACACACCUCUGAGCUUAGCUGCGUCUGGUGGUUAUGUGAAUAUCAUCAAAAUCCUGUUGAACGCUGGUGCGGAGAUCAAUUCAAGAACUGGUAGCAAGCUGGGCAUCUCUCCACUAAUGUUAGCAGCCAUGAAUGGUCAUACUGCUGCUGUUAAGCUGCUCUUGGACAUGGGUUCUGAUAUUAAUGCACAGAUAGAGACCAAUAGGAAUACUGCCUUGACACUGGCCUGUUUCCAAGGAAGAACUGAAGUGGUUAGCCUUCUCUUGGAUAGAAAAGCUAAUGUUGAGCACAGAGCUAAGACUGGCCUGACACCAUUAAUGGAAGCUGCCUCUGGUGGGUAUGCAGAAGUAGGCAGAGUUCUUCUAGACAAAGGUGCUGAUGUAAAUGCGCCACCAGUUCCCUCGUCAAGAGACACAGCUUUAACCAUUGCAGCAGACAAAGGACACUACAAGUUUUGUGAGCUGCUUAUUAGCAGGGGAGCUCACAUUGAUGUCCGUAAUAAGAAAGGAAAUACUCCAUUAUGGCUUGCUGCAAAUGGUGGUCAUUUAGAUGUUGUCCAGUUGCUAGUACAAGCAGGAGCAGAUGUAGAUGCUGCUGACAACAGAAAAAUAACCCCACUGAUGGCAGCUUUUCGAAAGGGUCAUGUGAAAGUUGUACGCUAUCUGGUAAAAGAAGUAAACCAAUUCCCAUCAGAUUCAGAAUGUAUGAGAUACAUAGCAACAGUUACUGACAAGGAGAUGUUGAAGAAGUGCCACCUCUGUAUCGAAUCAAUUGUUCAAGCCAAAGACAGGCAAGCUGCUGAAGCGAACAAGAAUGCCAGCAUUCUUUUAGAAGAGUUGGAUUUAGAGAAGCUACGAGAAGAAAGUAGAAGGCUGGCUCUAGCUGCUAAAAGAGAGAAAAGAAAGGAGAAGAGAAGAAAGAAAAAGGAAGAGCAAAGGAGGAAGCUAGAAGAAAUUGAGGCAAAAAACAAAGAAAAUUUUGAACUACAAGCUGCUCAAGAAAAGGAAAAACUAAAAGUUGAAGAUGAGCCAAGAGUCCUAACAGAACCACCUAGUGCUACUACGACAACUACCAUAGGUAUAUCUGCAACAUGGACAACUUUGGCUGGUUCCCAUGGAAAAAGAAACAAUACUGUCACCACAAGCAGCUCUAAGAGGAAAAGCAGGAAAAACAAAAUCAGCCAAGAGACUGUUCAGAUCAUUUUUGAUGAUCAGCUCCCAAUCUCCUAUUCUCAACCAGAAAAAAUAAAUGGUGAAUCAAAAAGCAGCAGUACCAGCGAAAGUGGUGACAGUGACAACAUGAGGAUUUCCAGCUGUAGCGAUGAAAGCAGCAAUAGUAACAGCAGUCACAAAAGUGACAGUCAUUCUUCCACAACUGUCACUAGUGCUCCAAGCAACAAGAAGCAGCCGUCAGUGCUUGUCACCUUUCCAAAAGAAGAGCGAAAAGCAGCGUCUGGCAAAUCUUCCAUCAAGUUGUCUGAUGUGAUUGGUGAAGUAACUGGUAACUCCUUAUCUACUUGCACAAAAUCUUGUCCGUCACCACUCGCUUCUCCUAAUGGAAAAAUCGCCUUAGCUAGCCCUAAACGUGGUCAGAAGAGAGAAGAAGGGUGGAAGGAAGUUGUAAGAAGAUCAAAGAAAGUUUCUGUUCCAUCAACUGUUAUUUCCAGAGUAAUUGGAAGAGGUGGUUGCAACAUCAAUGCUAUCAGAGAAUUUACAGGAGCACACAUAGACAUAGAUAAACAGAAAGACAAAACGGGGGACAGGAUCAUAACAAUAAGGGGAGGCACAGAAUCAACAAGACAAGCAACGCAGCUCAUAAAUGCCCUGAUUAAGGAUCCAGACAAGGAAAUUGAUGAGCUCAUUCCAAAGAGUCGUUUAAAAAGCUCUGCAGCCUAUCCCAAGACAGGGACGUCAGCACAUGCCACCGCUACAACUGCUCACAAUUCUGUAGCUGGGAGCAAGGUGACCACUGUAGCAAUCUCGUCAUCCUCUCAAAUUGCCACAGUGCUUUCUGUGCCUACGAUUUCUUCAGCAUCUUCUCACAAAACGGUCAAGAACCCAGUGAAUAAUGUGCGUCCCGGAUUUCCAGUUUCUCUGCCAUUAGCUUAUCCUCCUCCCCAGUUUGCACAUGCAUUGCUUGCUGCUCAGACUUUCCAACAGAUCCGUCCACCAAGGUUGCCCAUGACCCAUUUUGGAGGAACUUUCCCACCAGCUCAGUCCACCUGGGGCCCUUUCCCUGUUAGACCUCUGAGCCCCGCAAGAGCUACUAACUCACCUAAGCCUCACACGGUGCCUCGCCAUAACAAUCAGAAUAGCAGUGGUUCUCAGGUGAAUUCCGUGGGUUCUUCAACUUCCAGUCCAACAGCUACCACAAGUUCAGCUGUGUCUACUGUGCCUGUUACUUCUUCAAAUGGCAGUCCCAGCUCACCUUCAGUUCGAAGGCAACUCUUUGUCACUGUGGUUAAGACAUCCAGCACUACCACAACCACAGUUGCAACUACUGCAAGCAACAACAGCACAACACCCACAAAUGCCACGUAUCCUUUCCCUACUGCCAAAGAGCACUAUCCUGUGUCGUCCACUUCCUCCCCUUCACCACCAGCCCAGCCAGCAAGGGUUUCUAGAAGUAGUCCUUCAGAAGUUGUGACAAAUUCCCCAAGUAACGGGCUGCCUUCCUCUGACCAGGAAGUGGGCAGUCCCCCAGUAGUGGAAGCAGCCAGUCUGUCCAGCAACAGGCCAUUAAAUAGUGGCGCUGUUGGCAUUCCUUCAGAGCAUCCUGCUCAGACACAGUCCCACGGGUCUCUUUCCCAAGAAGCUAGACCACCUCUACAGCAGCCUCAGGUUCAGUCACAAGAUCCUCGAAUGGUUGUGCCUCCAAAUUUAAUAACAGUGAGUUCUUCUGCGCCAGUAGUUGCCCCUGCUAAUGCUCCGGUGAACUCUCCAGUGAACUAUCUUUUGCCUCAGGCAUCAGUGGGAUCUACGCAGCAACUGCCUCCAGCUAAAAUGGAAAGCCCCGCCAUCAGGCUACCUUCCCAUGGAGCAAAUCUUGCACAGAAGAAUUCAGCUCCUGCUCAGAAUUCUUCAGUUGCCGUACUUAAUAUCAACCACAUAAAAAGACCCCAUAGCGUUCCUUCUUCAGUACAACUUCCUUCUACCUUAAGUACACAAAGUGCUUCUCAGAAUGCAGUCCAUCCGGCAGGCAAGCCCAUGGCCACCAACUUCAGUGCUGCUUUACCAUUUGGGCCCUUCAGCACACUGUUUGAGAACAGCGCUGCCUCUGCUCAUGCCUUCUGGGGGGGAUCUGUCUUAUCAUCUCAGACAACGCCAGAAUCCAUGCUGUCUGGAAAGUCUUCAUUUCUGCCAAACUCAGAUCCAUUACAUCAGUUAGAUACUUCCAAAGCCCCCGGUUUUAGGCCCCCACUGCAGAGACCAGCUCCAAGUCCCUCAGGUAUUGUCAGUAUUGAUUCACCGUAUGGUUCUGUAACGCCUCCCUCUACACAUUUGGGUAACUUUGCUUCAAACCUUUCAAGUGGUCAAGUGUAUGCGCCAGGAACACCUCUUGGAGGAGCACCGGCAGCUGCUAAUUUUAACAGACAGCAUUUUUCCCCACUCAAUUUAUUGCCUCCAUGUUCCUCUGCAUCAAAUGAGCCACCCCCUCAGCCAGUGUCUGCUGGAGUUAGAGCACCAUCUCCAACCCCUUCACCUGUUUCCCUGGGGUCAGAAAAGACCAGCAGUGUGUCUCAGGACAGAAAGGUCCCUGUCCCAAUCGGAACAGAGCGUUCUGCACGCAUCAGGCAAACUGGAACAUCUACGCCCUCUGUGAUAGGGAGCAACUUAGCCACUCCAGUGGGUCACAGUGGUAUAUGGUCUUUUGAAGGGAUAGGAGGAAAUCAAGGUGAUAAAGUAGAUUGGUGUCACAGUGGAAUGGGAAACCAUGUGAUUCACAGGCCAAUGUCUGAUCCAGGUGUAUUCUCGCAACAUCAAGCAAUGGAGAGAGACAGCACAGGAAUUGUAACUCCUUCUGGUACAUUCCAUCAGCACGUUCCUGCAGGAUACAUGGAUUUUCCUAAAGUUGGGGGGAUGCCUUUCUCGGUGUAUGGGAAUGCAAUGAUUCCUCCUGUUGCACCCAUUGCAGAUGGUACUGGAGGACCUAUAUUCAAUGGACCUCAUGCUGCUGACCCAUCUUGGAACUCACUGAUAAAGAUGGUUUCAAAUUCUACAGAGAAUAAUGGCCCUCAGACAGUAUGGACUGGAACAUGGACACCUCAUAUGAACAGUGUGCAUAUGAACCAGCUUGGCUGAGUGGGGAUCACUUUUGAUAGCCUGGAGAUUUUCUUUUGGCUUAAAGGAGAAUACAAAUUGGCAGAACCAGUUUUCCUCAGCUCUCAGAUCAUUCUUCGGUUGUGUUGGACUGAAGUGUGUAGGCUUUCGCAGAAGAACGUACUAACUGACCCUUUUCUGUGAACGUUGUGACUGCCCAUUUCCUACCAUCAUAUGGUUCAACUUAGCCUCUCUUAGUUUCAUUUUCUUUUCCCUUUGAUUAUUAUUAAUUUUUGGACAUAACUUUCCGUUGAAGCUGUUCUUUGGCUGGUUGGUUUUUAGUACUGUAAGCUGCUUCUGGGCAUACACAGAAAUUUAGCAAAAUUAUGUAAACUUGAUCCUGAAGUUUUAGAAUGGCAGAUAAAUGUACAAUUGUUUACAUAACAGAAAUGGCUAAGCAGAAAGUAAAUCUUUUCAGUAUGUCAGUAUAGAGGCUCUACUUUAUGUAGACUUUAAUGUGACAGAUGUACCUUCAUAUACAGCAGUCUGGAUGUUUCCUUCAUACAUUAAACUAUUAAUAAGCAUAA